AAUCCGUUGAAGUGUUUACAUCAAUACAACCCGUUCAUACCAUCUGAUAGAGAACUUAGAAAUGGAAUAAAUAUGUUUGAGUGUAACGUUAUCAUGUGUCUAAUCACAUUAAUGGACAGCUUUUAAUAAGUUAAGCGCCUGCAAACACGAGUCACAGAAAAGAUGCGUCUAUAGUGAAGCAGUUCAUUAUAAACACGCUGUUUGAUCUCUGAUAGAUGAAUACAUGUUUAUAUAGUGAUAUCUCUCUCUAUAUAGUGAAGCAGUUCAUCAUAAACACUGUUUGAUCGCUGAUAAAUAAUGAUAGAGAAACUGAGCUUUUUAAAACCAACUCAUUGAAAUCAGAUGAAUUCAUUGUUAAAGACUCUGAUUGAGACACACAGAGAUCUGUCUGUUAAUUAUUCUCCUCUUAAACACACAGAGAAACUCCUGCUGAAGCACACUGUUAUAAAGAUGGAGUUUAUUAAAGAGGAGAUUGAAGAAGAUUUCAGAGUCAAACAUGAAGAUACUGAGACAGAAACAGACCUGAUGGCAUUGAAAGAAGACAAUCAAGAACUGAAUGAAAUGGAAGAGAAAAACUUUAUGGCUGGUGAAGAAUCUUUUAGUAACUCGCAGACUGAUAAAACAGAAAUUAGAAACAUUAAAGUGCAGAUGAGUGUUCACACUGCAGAGAGCCCUUUCAGCUGCCAACACUGUGGAAAGAGUUUCAGUCGAAAAGACAGCCUUAGAGUCCACUUGAAAAUCCACUCUGGAGUGAAGCCUUACUCCUGCAAACUGUGUGGAAAGAGUUUCUUACUGAAUGGAAAUCUUAAGACUCACAUGCGAGUUCACACUGGAGAGAAGCCGUUCAUAUGCUCUCAGUGUGGAAAGAGUUUUAAACAGAAAAGAGACCUUACUGCCCACAUGAGGAUUCACACCGGAGAGAAACCUUUCACCUGCGAACAGUGUGGGAAGAGCUUCAUGCAAAAAGAAAAUCUUAAGACUCACAUGAGAGUUCACACUGGAGAGGAUCCAUUUGUUUGUGAUCAGUGUGGAAGGAGCUUCAGAUGUAGAGAAUACCUUAAUCAUCACAUGAGGAUUCACUCAGGAGAGGACUGUUUUAUAUGUCCUCAGUGUGAAAGGAGUUUCACAGACAGGAGUCACCUUGAGAAUCAUGUAAAAAUUCACAUCGGGGAGAAGCCUUACAUGUGCCAUCAAUGUGGAAUGAAUUUAACAAACAGAGCCAACCUGGAGGAUCACAUGAGAGUUCACACUGGAGAGAAGCCUUUCACCUGCAAACUGUGUGGAAAGAGCUUCACGGUUAAAAGAGAUCUUCAUAUUCACAUGCGACUUCACACUGGAGAGCAGCCUUACAAGUGUCUUCAGUGUGAACAGAGUUACACAGACAGGAGUCAACUUGAGAAUCAUGUAAAGACUCACAUCGGAGAGAAGCCUUUCUUGUGUCCUCACUGUGGAAAGGGUUUCACAUACAGAGCAAACCUGGAGUAUCACAUACGAAUUCACUCUGGAGAGAAGCCUUACACCUGCCCUCAGUGUGGCAGGAGCUUCACGGUUAAAGGAAACCUUAAGAUGCAUAUGAGAGUUCACACUGGAGAGAAACCGUACAAGUGUCUUCAGUGUGAAAAGAGCUUCACAAUUCAAGGAAACCUUAAGAUUCACAUGAGAGUUCACACUGGAGAGAGGCCUUACAAGUGUGUUCAGUGUGACUUGAGUUUCCCGUAUCACAUAAGCCUGAAACAGCACUUGCAAACUCAUUCUGGAAAGAAUUCAUCAUUUUCCUUAGUGUGACAGGGUUUAGAAAAAGGAGUAAUUUCAGCAAUCAUCUGUGCAUUCACUGGAGAAAGUCCGUUUAUAUGUGAUCAAUGCAAUAAAAACAUUGCUUAUACAUGCAUAUGCAAAGUCAUGUGAAUGUGAGAGCUUGUUUGUGUUCUUUGUGAAGGAGUAUGACAACAGAAAAUGCAUAUCUGUUUGAAACCAAGACACAUUGCAGCUGAAUGUGAGCUUCAUCGGAUUGUCCACCUCAUGACCACUUUUAUUUGUGUUAUAGUUUUAGUUAUAUGCUACAUCUCUUUAUACUCGAGCUUUUUUUUUCUUUUCUUGUGAGUAUGUUUACUGCAGUGAGAACACCCGACCAUCUUCUUUGCUAUACUUUCAUAUUUUAAGCGGUUGAGGUAGACACCGUUUUAUUUAGGUUAUACAGAGGUGUUGCUCAUUGUCAUAUGUUGGUCAGCUUUUCUGCGAUGUCCUUGUGGGGUGUUUUAAAUAUACUGUAAAAGAGGGGCAUUUCCAGGGACAAAGCACCAAAAACUGGGACUGUCCCUGAAAGUACUUUUCACACAAAAACGCUUCUGAAUUGAUUUAAAGGGUUACUCCACCCCAAAAUUAAAAUUUAGUCAUUAAUCACUUUACCUCCAUGCCGUUCCAAACUAGGGGUGGAAAUCUUCAGGCACUUCACGAUCCGAUUCCAAAACGAUUCUUGAUCUACAUUUUUACCCCAAUUAAUUCUUCUGCUGUGCAAAUACAUCUUUACAACUUUACAUCUUAACCAAAAUUGCAGUUUCUAUGCGUUUUGUUUAUAGUUGGAAUCUUUGUAUGUCAGUGCUGCCAUCUUAAAAAUAGAGGUGUGAAUCUUGGUUUCACGAUUCAAUUCAAUUAUGAUGAUCAUUAUCAACUCAAUAUCACGAUGCGUCACAUUCUCAGUUUUCAAUAUUACUGCACAUGGCUACAUUUUCAUAUCAGUUUUAAUUCAAAUUUAUUUUGUGCAAAGUUUACUUUAUUUAUUUUUAUUAUUAUAUAAGCAGGCUACUUUUUAAAAUAAGUGUUCUUUAAGUAUCCGAAAGCUUACAGACAAUAGUUAUGGGUUUUUCCUCAGCGUUAUUGCUGUUUGAUUAUUACUGAUGAGAUCAUAGACAGCGGCAGCUUUAACAGGCUGCAUUCAGUCUAAUGCACAGAUCUAUUUCCAUAUAUCAGAUGUUUUGUCCUGCUCUGAAAACAUAACUGACUGUGUGUACAUCAGUUUCGUAUAAAAGUAUUUGAAAAUGCUAGUGCAUUUAACCGCAGCCGCAAUCGAGCUUCAGGACAAACAAACACAGAGCGCACGUGAAAGUCUGUCAGUGCGUGAGUUUCGUGCGUCUAAUAGUACUGCGUUCCAAACGGCAGAAAUGAAAGCAUAUCUGAAGUAAAACACGGCGGGUGGAAGCACACACUGUCAAGCAAUGUGCACGUGUCUCACAGCGCAAAUUCUGUGCAAUGAAGCCCGCCGCGUCUCUAGCGCACGUGCUAUGUGCGGGGGGGGAAAACAAGCUCAGAAUCGCUGAAGAGAGAAUCGCGAUGCAUCGGAGAAUCGAUUUUUUUCUCCCACCCCUAUUCCAAACCCAUAAAAGCUUCGUUAGUCUUCAGAACACAAUUUAAGAGAUUUUGGAUGAAAAUUGGAUAUUUGGAUGUUUGGAGGCGUGUGACUGUCCCAUUGACUGCCAAACAAUUAACACUGUCAAGGCCCAGAAAAGUAUAAAAAAUAGUCAGAAUAGUCCAUCUGCCGUCAGUGGUUCAAUCUCAACUUUAUGAAGCGACGAGAACACUUUUUCUACUCAAAGAAAACAAAACAACGACUUUAUUCAAUAAUUCGUCUCCUCUGGUUCAGCGUAGCGCCAUUUGGGAGAAUAUACGCUGGACGCAAGCAGCGUCACAUUUGCAAAUUAGCAACAGCUGACAAGCUUAACUCAAGUCAUCACACUAAUUAAUAGGAAUUAACUAUCCACAGAAAGUAAUCACCCAAUCAGAGCAGAUUCACACCAGAUCAACACGUAUCAGAAAACAUACACUGCAGAAACACACAUAAAACCACCAUCAUAGAAACUCUUUAAGGGAAAAAUCCUCAUUCAUACCUUUUGGAAACAGACUUUUCAAAUAAAAUAAAAAAUCCAAAAAGCUUCCCGCUUCUUUCUUAUGCAAUCAAUGUUACCACCUCUUGAAUUCUGAUUAAUCUUUUCAAUUCUAAGAAAAAAGAAAGAUGACAUAUUAUGGUUACAUUCACAAAAAUGUCUUGCAACAGGACUCUUUCGAUCCUUUCUAUUUAUUGCACUUCUGUGUUCUGUGAUCCUUUCCUUUAAUGAGAGGGAUGUUUCACCAACAUAAAUUUUAUUACAUGGACAUUGAAUUAUAUAAAUCACAUUGUUUGUCUUAUAUGUUAUAAAAUUCUUAAUUAAAAUUGGAUUUUUAUUAUCAGGAUGAUUAAAAAAACGUAACAUUUUUUGUAAAUUCACAAUUAACACAAUUGCCACAUUUAAAAUUACCCAAUAAAGCCUGACCGGUAAGGUUUUUUAGUGGAACAUGUUUUUACAACUCUAUUCCUUAUAUUAUUAGCACUUUUGUAUGUAACUAAUGGUUCUUUAUUAAAAUAUCUUUAAUGUUAGUUGUCUUUGGGGAAUAUGUAGUACAGAAAAUAAGGUCUGGAGUAGUCUUAGGUGUUUUUUUUUUAGAGUUCACAAGCAUAUCUCGACUUUUAAGAUCUACUUUCUUAACCACCUUACAUAGCCAGUCCUCCUUAUACUGACGUUCUUUGAAUUUUGACAACAUUAUGUUUCUCUCUUUCACUAUUUACAAAGCCAGAUGUUGUUACUUCAAAAAAGAAAGGUAUGUAAGCUAACACAUUAGUUGAAUAUCUAAGGAGAGAAUAAUGCAGCAUGAGUCUUUAUUUGUUUUCAAAACUUAGCUUAAGUCUGACAUUAAAUUAAAAUAAUUAUAAAUGAUUAAUCUGCUGACAUUUGCCUCUCAAAUCAUAGUGCUUUAAUGACAAAAAUACGGUCACACUUUAUUUUAAUACAUUCUACUAACUAUAAGUAACUUUGUAACUACAUGUCAACUACAUGUCAACUAAUUCUCAUUAAUUCACAACUACAUGUCUACUAACUCUCAGUAGGGUAGGUUUAGGGUUAGUAGAAUAAGCUGACAUAUACUUGCAAAGUUUCUCAUACUCAGUAUGUUGUAUGUUGUGGACCUGUCAAAAUAAAGUGAAGUUAUGAAGCAGAUAGUCUACUAUUACUCUAAUGACUGCUAGUUGACAUGUAGUUGCAAAGUUACUUACAGUUAGUAGAAUGUCUAAAGUGGACUAUCGAAAUAAAGUGUUACCAAAAAUCCCUUUUAUCGAUUAGUGAUGUCCCUCUUGCACCCAAAAUUGAAGAUAUGUUGGCUAAAUGUGCCUCGAAAUAACAAAUAUUAAAGAAAAACAUUACUGAAUCAAAAUAUAGUGCAUACAUUUCAUAAAAUUAAAAUUAUUGUACUAUUAAGUUCUCUGCAAACAACAUAAGUAUGAUGAGGGUUAAGAAGGGUCAACCUGAUGUUGUGUAAUGCAGAUCUGCAUGAUAAUCAUGCAUUCAUGAUUUGGUCUUCAGAGCUCAGCCGGUCAUCACGUUACUCAAAGAUUUUUACAGAACUUGUACAGUUGGAGUGGAUGGGUAGACGAGAAGUUCCAUCUUCAUUAGACUGAGCUGGAGGUAAUGGAAUAUCAUCCAUAAUCAGAUGUCUGUCAGGCAG